AUGAUAUUUAUUAUCCUUAUUGCCUUUUUACUCUUUUGCUUUAACUUUCACUUUAUUGAAAGAUAUUUUGACCAAAAACCUUCAAAGUGUACUUGAAUGCUUGCAACUCUAUUUCCUAUUAACUAUUUUCCUAUAUCUAUUUCAAAGAUAAUAGAUAACUACCUUUCAGAAAUUAUUAUAGCUGCUCUUGAGUCAAAAAUUGAAAUAUUUUUUCCACAAGAAUGAAUAAUAACUCUGAAGAGCUUAAGUUUAAGUUUUAAACGAAUAACUCUAGCACGAUUAGUGCCUUAAGUCUUCUUUACUUGAAGCCCAGCUAAAUUAGCAGCUCUGAACAACGGUAGGUGGACCUGCCUAACCGUCGAACCGUUAAAGUUAAUUAGCCCUUUCAGACUCCUCUAGUCGGCACCAUUCAGCACUGACCUCUUCUCUUCAAGUCGAGACUCUCAAGAAUCUUGGACUUCUCUCACUAAACUCAGAUUAUAGGUCCAUCCUGUUUGACCAUGUGCUAGGACCUAUUCCUAGUUGACUUUUAAUAUUUCGUGAAUAGCUUAAAUUAUUGGCUAAUUUUUGGAUUAUUGUGCUUAUGCAUUGCAACUUACAAGCAUUUUCGAACUAUAUGAAGCACAGAUGGCAUUUAUCAUACAUAUAGAUCUGCUCUAAUAGGAAUAUGCUGUAAUUUUGUUUGCCUUGCCUUUGCAGACUAUAUUAAAGAUGAUUGCUAUUUCUUUAUUGCCUUUCUAUCACUAUACCUUGUAAGCCAGCAUUUCUAUAGCUUUCGAAAUCUUAUUUACCAAUAUAAGAUUUCAUCUUCUCUAUACCUAUUAGUAGCUAUUACAAAUUUAAUUGUGGUUGUGUUAUUGCUUUUUGGGCUAAAAUUUCACAUAUCAGAGCUUAUGAUUGAUUUAUUUUUUUUUCUUUUCAAAUUAUUAAUGCUGGUGGUAACUGUAGUUUAUUUUAUAAUGUUUUUUAUAUCUAACAUUGAUCACAUUUUUGAUUGCUCUUUAUGAUUUCAAAGUUAUAAAAUAACAACUAAAUUUGAUAUUGGAGAAGUUUUGGCAAAAAUAUCAGUACCAUAUGGAUAUAUAGCCAUCUACACUAUUGCAUUCUUCUCUAUUUUAGAUUUUUUUAACUCAUGCUAUUUGAAAUAUUGACUGUUUAAUGAAGUUUUAUAUUUUAUAGCUAUAUUUCAGUUCUUUUGAAUGCACCAGAAACUAAAGAUAGAGGAGAUAGAGUAUUUUUCUCAGAUUUAG